AUGGAAAGCCCAUUCUACGGAAGCUAUUGGUCCCAGCCGACUCGCCCUCGCUAUUCCUCAAACAUGAGAGGAAUACCCGUGCGGCCGAUACAUCAAAAUGCUAUCGGUAUUAAGCCGGUUGUUGAGAUUCCGGUCCACUUCGUUGGUUCGGAUCCUGAGCGAUCCGUUUCAUCCUUGAAGACUCAGAAACCUAAGCCGGACCAGUCCGUAUUAAGGAUUCAGAAGGUAUUCAGAGGGUUUUUAGUGAGAAAAAGCGUGAAGAAAAUUAUGUCAAUACGAAAAGAGGUGGACGAAAUUGAGCGCAAGAUUUUGUGCGGCGAAAUGGCGGAGUUGAUUUGGAGAGAUGAAAGGGAGAGGUUGCGGGUGAAUGAGACGCUGAUGUCUCUGCUUUUGAAAUUGGAUUCCGUUCGUGGAGUUGAUUCCGGUGUUAGGGACUGCAGAAAGGCUGUGAUUAAAAAGGUAAUCUGUUUGCAAGAGAAAAUUGACUUUAUUGUUUCCGCAGGUAAUCAAAUUGCAGUCGAAGAGGAGAAUAAAUACAACGAUUCCGAUGAAGUCCCUAGACUGGUCAAUCAGACCGAAGACAUCUCCCAUUCCACAGGAAAUCAGGACGAAAAUGAAAAAUCGACAUGUCAGAGUGAAGUUUCUGAUCUAUUGGAGCAGAGUGUGGAAGCAGAAAAUCAAGCAGCAUUGAGCUGUAGGAAGAAAGAUGAGGAAACACAAGUAGAGGGCGAAUGCGAUGCAGAGAAGUUUGAUGAGUUGCCGGAGGUAAGUGUGGAAAGAGGCGAAGUAGGAGAUGUGAUUGAAGGAAUUGAUGAGGAGGAGAAUACAGCAGGUUUACAUGGGGAAAAUGAUAGUAUAAAAAACAGAGAGUUGAUGGAGAAAAUGGUGGAAGAGAAUGAGAAGAUGAUGAGAAUGAUGAAUGAGAUGUGCCAGAGAAACGAAAUGCAAACGCUGAUGCUGAAUUCGCUGGCGAAGAGGGUGGCGCAAUUAGAGAAAGCUUUCCUAUGUGAUAAGUUGAAGGCAAAGACAAAGAAAAAGAGGCAUACUUCUUAA